AGUGAGAAUGAGAUUUAAAAUGUGUUCCGCACGACGAUGCGAUCUCGUGUUGUGGUGGUGUGCAUUGGUGACGUUGCUGUUGGUACUAAUCGUUGGUGCCGUGGCCGGGAUCCGUCGCGAUCAUGACGAUAUGUCGGUGGAGGAGAUGCUGCGACGGGAAAGCCGUGAUGCAGACCAGCACGAGUACGACGAGAGUUCGAUCGGUGGAUCGAGUCACAGUACAGGCGAGGGUCUUGACAUGGGUGCCCUUCCGGUACUGAUACGGAAUCGACCACGGCGAACGAAACAAAUAUGGCGACAGCAUCGGACCCGGCACUCCGGGCGGCAAGAAUUAAAAUUACUUUCGGGUCUGACGGUGUCCACGGCGACCGCGGACUACGAGCAGCAGCUUCCGAAGGCGUCCGGUUUGUGGCCAUCAUUUUUUAAUGUAGCCCUCCGGGCGACAAUCUCCGUGAAUGCGACCUGUGGCCAGACGGGCCGGGAGGAGUAUUGCCGGCUGACGGCGGACGGUACCGGACGCUCGCGCGGUUCCCAGUGCGGUAUUUGCGACGCGAACAAUCCUGACCCGGAGAAGCGGCAUCCGAUCACCAAUAUUGUCGACGGGACGAACAGCUGGUGGCAGAGUCCGACGUUGCAGAAGGGCGCUAAAAAUGAUCGCGUGACGAUCAAUCUCGAUCUCGGACAGCUAUAUCAGAUAGUGUUUUUCACAAUGCGUGCGGCCAUAUCACCGCUUCCUGCAGCCUGGGUGCUAGAAAAAUCGUUGGACGGACGGACGUACGAUGCCUGGCAGUACUUCGCAGCAGAUGAUACCGAAUGCCGGGAGCGGUUUGGAUUGCCAGCAUACAGCACAAACUACAUCUUCAAAAGCGACACGGAGGUGAUUUGUUCGACACAGUUUUCUUCGCUCGAACCACUGGAAAAUGGAGAAAUCAAUCUGUCCAUAAUAAGUGGGAGACCGAGCGAAAAGAGCACUUCUCCGGAGCUACAAAACUUUACACUUGCUCGAUACGUUCGAAUUCGGCUGUUGCGUAUUCAACAGGCAGAAGCUCAGCGAAGUUUCUACACCAUCCGAUCGCUAAGAAUUGGUGGAAGAUGCUUUUGCUCUGGCCACGCCGGCAAGUGCAAAACGAAUGAUAAUAACAUCGAUAACGAACCACAGUGUGAGUGUGUGCACAACACCUGUGGAGUGCACUGCGAUCGAUGCUGUCCUCUGUACAACCAGCGACCUUACCGGAUUGGUACUCCAGUUGCUGCAAACAAGUGUGAAAAGUGUGAAUGUCAUGGUCACGCCAAGUCCUGCAUCUACGAUAAACUGGUCGACGAGCAACAUCUCAGCAUAAGCAUCAGGGGAAAGAUGAGCGGUGGAGGCGUCUGUCAAAACUGUACCCACUUCACCACCGGAAUCAAUUGUGAACGCUGCCUGGCGGGCUAUUAUCGACCGACAGAUCGAUUACCGAACCAUCCGGAGCCGUGUCUCGCUUGCAACUGCACCGCUCCGGGUGCUACUGGAGAGUGCAAUCCAAUCGGAGGCGAAUGCUACUGUCGAGAAGGAUUUACUGGUCCGGGAUGUACCGAAUGUCUUCCAGGACAUGCGGGAGAAAAGUGUACGCGAUGCGAUUGUGAUGCUAGGGGGACACUUCCCGGUCGGGAGUGUGAUGAAAAGUGUAGCUGCAAGGCUCACGUGGUUGGCGAGCGUUGUGAUAGUUGUGCCGAUGGGUACUUCGCGCUGGACGAAGGACACCUGGAUGGUUGUUUGAAAUGCUACUGUUCCGGUGUUGCUACAAGCUGUUCAGUGGCGUACGUUGAAACGAGCAGCUACGAAACACUGCAAGGCUGGACCGUUACUAAUUUGGGUAUGAGUGAACAGAUCAUCCCGACGAAGGAUAAUGAGACCGGGUUCCUAGUGUUCGGUAUGUUUGAAAUGCCUGAGACAGAAGCCAUUUACUGGAAGGCACCGAAAGGAUAUCUUGGGAACUUGUUGCGAAGUUACGGAUCACAACUAAGCUUCAAGAUGCAAUGGAUCACGGUGCGUGGUGACACGAGUGGGAAACCUACGGUUGGACCGAAUCUGGUCUUGGUAGGUAAGAACGGUAUGAAGAUAGCAUAUGGAGAGGAAAGCUAUGAUGAGAUUGGUGAAGCUACGAUCAAGGUGCCAUUAAAGGAGGACAACUGGUACCACGUUCCACGGACGGUAAAGGACAUCAUCACGCGACUACGACGUACGGAGUAUCACGGUGAUCCCGUCACACGAUCUCAAUUCAUGGCAGUUCUGACAGACGUGGAAGUGAUACUGCUCCGCGGUACCUACCAUACUGACCAGGUGGAAAGCGUACUGGAGCAAGCACAACUGUUCUCUGGAUCACAUUCCAUUAGCGGAUCAUCUUCCGCCAGUUCUACCUUCAUCGAGCGCUGUGAUUGUCCCGGAGGAUAUAGAGGCACUUCCUGUGAGGAGUGUUCAUUCGGAUACGUUCGAAUAUAUGAAACCAGUGUGACACACGAACGAGUUGGUCGGUGCAUUCCGUGCUCUAUGUGUAAUGGACAUGCGAGUAGCUGUGAUCUUGAAACGGGAGAGUGUGGCAGCUGUCUACACAACACCGUUGGCACAAACUGUGAGCGAUGUCUACCAGGAUUCUACGGUAAUGCAACUAUUGGACACCAAGACGAUUGUCAACAAUGUGCUUGUCCGUUGGUGGAUGCAAGCAACAACUUUUCUCCCAACUGUCAGGCACGUGGUGGAAGUUCAGAUCCAACGGAGUAUGUCUGUACACAGUGUCCGGAUGGGUACACGGGAGAUCAUUGCGAAUUAUGUGAUGAUGGAUACUACGGCGAUCCCACGGCCAUCGGUAGUCAGUGCCUUCCUUGCUCUUGUCAUGGGGGGCCAUGCAAUGCAAAAACUGGAGAAUGCAUUGAGUGUUUAGGUAACACGGAGGGUUGGCGCUGCGAACGAUGCAAAACUGGCUACUGGGGCGUACCGGAUGAUGGCUGUGAACCCUGCAGCUGCUCCGAACUAGGUGCUCUCGAGAACAAUGUGUGUGACGUGACGACGGGUCAAUGUAUCUGCAAACCGCGCUACGGUGGCCGACGGUGUGACGAGUGUGAUGUGGGUUAUGGCAAUCUGGAUCUUGACUGUCCAGCCUGUGCGUGUAAUGUGAAUGGUUCAGUUAGUUUGAUGUGCAAUGUUGUGAGUGGACAGUGUGAGUGUAGUAGUGGUACGGAAGGAAUCCAUUGCGAUCGCUGCCAGGAAGGGUUCUUCGGACUAUCCGAGGAGCAACCGGAUGCUUGUGAAGGUUGCAACUGCCAUCCGAAGGGUUCGCUCGGUCAUGUCUGCAGCAACAAGACGGGCCAGUGUCAGUGCAAACCAAACAUCGAGGGUCGCCAGUGUAAUCUGUGCCGGAAGGGCUUCUGGGAUUUGAAUUCCGGGAGCGGGUGCAUCCCGUGUUCCUGUGAUCCAAAUGGAAGUGAGAUGGAAGGGUGCGAUCUACAUACGGGGCAGUGUUUUUGCAAGACGGGUGUUUCUGGCACUAGCUGUGAUCGGUGUGACGUAGGGUUCUACGGAUUCAGCGCUCAGGGAUGCAAGCGUUGCGAUGUGUGUACUAGUGCCUUGUUCGUAUGUGAUCCAGACACGGGACGCUGCAUCUGUCCGCCCAAUAGUCACGGGCCGGAGUGUCGUUCCUGUAUCGCCAAUACCUGGGGUAAUGAGUUCCAGAAAGGUUGCAAACAUUGCGCUUGCGAUAUCGUCGGCUCAAUCGGACAGUCGUGUGAGCGAGAAACGGGCCAAUGUAGUUGUAAGGAGGGCUAUACCGGUCGGCAAUGCAAUGAGUGUGCUUCGGGGUACUACGGCUAUCCGACGUGUCACCGGUGUGCUUGUGAUGAGCGUGGUACGCUGCCGAGCGGUAACGGAACUGUGUUUCCCUGCGAUCGUAACGGUCAGUGCCAGUGUAAGGAGAUGGUAUACGGGAAACGGUGUGAUCUUUGCCGGCAAGGAACGUUCGGAUUAGCCGCUUUCCAUCCGGAAGGAUGUACUCGAUGCUUCUGCUUUGGAAGGGCAAGCAAUUGUACGCAGAGUGAUCACUCGUGGGGUCAGGUGCGGCUGGUAGGAUCAAGAAAUUUGAGUGUGGAAUAUCUGGAACGACAGGAUGGCCAUACAGAGGUGGAUUAUGUGGUGAUUCUGCAACUGGAAGGAUCUCACAUGCAUCGGGAAGAUGUAAACAUUACCAGCAUGAACAACCUCGAACUAAUACCGAGCUCUUCGGGUAAUGUGUCCAUCGGAGCAUAUGCAACGUUCCGAUAUCCACUGUACUUUCAACUACCACCUCAAUUUCUGGGUGAUCGCACCGCCAGCUACGGUGGACAGCUCAAUUUCACGCUUAUCACGGCGGGUGCUACCAUCAACAUACCUGAACCAUCUUUACGGCAGUUUCCACUUGUACAGCUACACACUCAUGAAAAUCUGGUGCUAGAUUAUUAUGAAGAGUCGAUACGCUAUGGUCAGGCGAUAGAAUCACAUUCUGUACGCUUGCUUGGAAGUCUUUGGAGGAAUCAUUACGAUGGUGAAUGGAUCAACAGAACCAUCUUGAUGACAGCUCUACAGAACGUCCGACAUAUCUUUGUGCGAGGAACAACCACCAUGGAUUUCCAGCAAGUUGUGCUUACCAAUGUGACACUGGAUACGGGAAUCUUCGUAGUAGGAGCAGAGAACAAUCACGCGUACGGUGUGGAACGAUGUAGCUGCUCACCGAAGUACAGUGGAUUAUCGUGCCAAAAUCCGGGACCGGGGUACUAUCGCCACCGACUACCUAUCGUUGAUUUAGAGUGGGCCACCAUAGAUGAUAUGAUUGGCAAGGUCAUUCCUUGCGGAUGUAAUGGACGAAGCGAGGAGUGUGAUCCGGAAACGGGUGUUUGCAAGAACUGUCGCAACAACACCGGAGGAGAACAUUGUGAACGGUGUGCGGAAGGAUUCUACGGUGAUCCUAACCUUGGCCAGUGUGCGCCCUGUCCGUGUCCUGAAACGCGUAAAAACUUUGCACGCGGUUGUACGGUUCGUGGUAGCGACGUGCAAUGUAUUUGUAAGCCGGGUUACACAGGAGCACUGUGUGACAGUUGUAUGCGUGGGUACUUCGGACAUCCGCAUCUGGACAAUGGACACUGUGAGGCGUGCGACUGCAAUCGUGAGGGUAGCAUGUCAGAUGAGUGUGAUCAUUACACCGGUGAAUGCCAUUGCCGGCCGGGUAUAACUGGUCGCAAGUGUGAUCGUUGUGAAAAGCCCAAGCACAUCGUGCAGGAUUAUCGGUGCAAAAUUUGCGACAACUGUACCAUUACGCUGAUCGAUGACUUCGAAAUUCUAGCAAGUCAUUUAGCCGAGGAAACCUCUCACAUCGAUCGAAACGGUAUCCCGGCGCCUUGGGUGAAAUUGACGAAAUAUGAAGCAAAAAUUCGAAAACUUUCGGAUCGUGUAGCGCGAUUGCUUGAAGCGGAGGACACGGUCAAGAGGUUUAUGGCAGACUUUGCAGAACCACUUAAGCGCAAUGCAACAAGACUUACCAAACGGCUCCAGAAGUUGGACAAUCGUUUGAAGAACCGCGAGGAGGAAGUUAACAAGUGUACCGAGCGUGCAAACGAUUUGUAUGAUGAAAUUAAAGUGAUCGAUGACGAUCUUCGAAACACUAUUCAAAUACUUAAAAACUACGGAGUAGGCGAUCAUCACAUAAAGCUACCGCUGGCCGUAAAAGAAGCGAAGGACCUGCUAGAAGACAUCCGUGAACGUUAUGACGCGACGCAGUUCGAUGAUAAGGUGCUUGAAUGUGCUAACACACAGUUCAACCACUGGACUAAUGUGUCGAAAAUGGUUGAACGUCAAGGAAGGAGAUUGGAUGAUCUCAAGUUUGAAAUUGAACAGAUACACCUCAAGGCGGACAAUCUACAGAACUACACCGUACAAGUGUUUCGCCACGUGCAGGAAACGGAGGUGUACCAAACCACAAACCAGAAGCACUUUGACAAGGUCCGUGAUACAUACAGCGAAGCACUUGAAGAUGAUGCUAGCGUGAAGAAACUGCUCGAUACUAAUAUAAUGGCCGAUACGGAUGUUACGUUGGUGCAGCUCGAUGAUAACUAUGGACAGCUUGAAAAGGACAACAGUACGCUACACUUUUUGGUCGAUAAACUGACAGAUUCGACGGAAGAUUUAAUUCGUGAGAAAAGUAUCUUGAUAGAGACGCAGGUUCCCAAAGCGAUUCGACAUGCAGAACAGUUGAAGGCGAAAGCGGAUCACAUCAAGAACAAGUUCCAAACGACAGAGGACACAUCGGCAAAGGCUAUGGAGGCUAGUCAAGCGUAUGAGAACAUUAUCUCCGCUAUUGUAGCUGCGCAGUCGAGUGCGGACAAUGCGACUAGUAUGGUAGAGAAAGCCGAUCAGCUAAUCCAUCCAGAGCACGACGUGACGAUCAGUGAUCAGAGUCGAAAAGCGUUGGGUGUAUCUACCAAUUUGACUAGUCGGGCGAACAAGGAACUUAACAAAGCGGUUGCUCUCAAUGAAACGAUGAUACAGAAAGAGAAGACUGUCCAGAGCCUUAAGGAUCAAAUUUGGCAAACGGCGAUCAAGAACAACAAUCUGAUGGAUGAGCUAGGCAAAGUUGAACGUGGAGAAACGAUGAAAACGGUUCAAUCCGACCUAGACCGUUCUAGUAUCGUUUCCGAACAGAUGAAGUUUGUUCGCCAAGAAGCAAUCAAUCUGAACAGCGACGUUUACAAGUUAAAGAUGAAGCUGAAAUCACUCGAACCAGAAUGGGACACCAAAUUUGGCAUGGCGGAAGAAAACGUAUCGCAAACGUUUGGCAACAUUCGGAAAGCAAAGGAUAAGUUGAACGGGAUAGAAGCUUUGGCGAAAAUACAGGAAGACCGAUUCAAGGCGUGGAAUCAGUCAUUUUCUGGGCAGCUGCAACAGUUGCGGGAUCAAAUUGCGUUGGCCAAACAUGCCGCUGAGGGUAUUCGCGUCUCGAUGGAAUCGGCAGAGCAGUGCAUCCGUUCGUACGCUCCAGCGAACUUCGGACCCACAACCACCAAUCGGAUCGUUAUGUCGAUCGCACUAACUAACCCGAACGUUCAAAACUCACCACUCGCUUACAUCGAAGGAGACGACCGACGUUUCAUAGCGCUCGAGCUACGGCAGCGUAAGAUCCGAAUGCUUUGGAGUCUGGACGGUAGCACAGUCGCUACGGUGACCCAUCCCCAGCAGAUAGAGGUUCGCGAUCUCAAGAACGAUGACGCGUGGUACUUUAUUGACGCCACACGUACCUUUAACGUGGGAACGCUUAACGUGCGCCAUAUGCUACCGGCAGGUGUGUUGAACAAUGCACGUCCGGUUACUGAUGCGAGCAAUUUAGCUUAUACGACGAUCAGUAUCGGACCGAGCAGUCGCAUCUGGGUUGGUGGUAUACCGGACGAUCUGCGUGUGCCAGAGCUGGAACCGAGUCAGGGAUUGGGAGUUGCUGUGAGCCAACUGUACGUCGAUCGACGACAGCUAGGUUUGUGGCACUUUACCAGCUCUAGUGGAAAGUGUGCAGGCGCCAUGUUGGGACCGCAGGAAGUGGCUAGCUCCACCAACGAACGCAACUUCAACGGGAACGGAUACGCGGUGUUACAGCAUACUGGGCGUCAGAGCAAGGUGGAGUUCAGCUUGAGUCUAAGCUUCAAAACCCUUGACGAGGAUGCGCUCAUCUUCCUUGCGUUGGAUGAGAAGAAUAAUCGCUCGGUAUCCCUUACACUGAACCAAGGCCGAUUGGUGUUCCGUGUGGAUUACGGAGAUGAUGCCCGGCUUGAAAUAAACACAACCAAGCGAUACAACACCGGAUCUUGGGUUGCUGUCGAAGCAUCCCGUCAGUACCGCAAAUCGCGAACCGAUGAAGGUGUACUGAAGGUGGACGGUCUCGACAACAUUCUUGGCUCACCCACGAAACCAAUCGGUGCCUCAAUGCUGCCCGUUCUUAGUGACAAAUACUAUCUGGGAGGCGUUCCACCUGGUUUCACAACUGGCACUACCAAAGCACCCGGUGCAGAUCACGCCUUCUUGGGUUGUGUGAAAGGUCUGCAGAUCAGUGGUACCUCGUACGAUCCACUCGACAGUACGACUCACUUCGGUAUAGAAACUUCCUGCGAUAGUACAAUCGUCAAGGCAGGAUUUUUCGGCGAAGGAUACGUAGAAUUUCCUUCGUUUCCGCUGAAAAAGCGUGCCAACUUUGGCUUUGUGUUCCGUACCAUGCAACCAGACUGUUUGCUGCUCUUGUCGGCUUAUCCAAGUCGCAUUCACGAUGACUACGAUUCGAAGGAUACGUUCGGAAAUUACUCUGUGUUCUUAUCGGAAGGCCGUCUUCAUCUCUGGAUGGAUGCUGGUACCGGUCGGGUUGAGCUCACGUCAAACGGAACACUGAAUGAUGGCGAGUAUCAUGUGCUUGCGAUAGUCAAACAGGGACGUCACGUAGAGCUGCGUAUUGACGACAAGCUUCAAAUGUCCCGGACGCUUCAAUCCUCGCUCGUAAACAUGCCAGGAGAAAGUGGUGGCCUUUACAUCGGAGGUGUCCCGUACGAUCCCGCUUUCACAUCACUGGCGAAGGUGUUCGAUGGACUGAAGGGUGUCGUGGCAAACUUGGUGUUUAACAACCAGACGCUUUCGUUCGGCCAAGCGCUCAACUUCACCGAAGUGCAGAUGGGUCGAACUGGUCCGGCUAUGGGCAGUCAGGGAUUGUACACGGCGCUUAUGAAGACUGAACCAAUCGGGCGAAGCUUCAAGGCUGCUCCGGAAGGUUGCCAUCGGCUUAAGACACGCUUGUUUUGUGAGUCUUGUACUCCACAGAAGGUCGGAAGCUAUUCCUAUGAACCGAAUGCAUUUAAGUACGGCGACAAACCCCAGAGCUACUCCGUGGUAACGGUACCAGCAAGAAAUAUCUGGCAGCGCAACUUCCACAUUGAGUUUGACUUCCGCACGUACUAUCCCAAUGGUAUUUUGUUCGUGGCAUUGGGCACCAAAGAGAAAGCGAAACAUUUCAUCAUGCUGGCGCUUAAAGAUGGCGUUCUGAAACUUACGGUGCGAGGCCGCAAACGGGAUCAGCUGCUGCUCGCACCGAAGCUGAACGAUGGCCAGUGGCACCGUGUGGCACUGAGCAGUGUGAAGAAGAAGGCAACGCUGAGCGUACAAAUUGGCAGUAGUCACAGCUCGGCGCAGUUGAAAUUACCAAAGAAAUUGAAUGCGGCCAAUACACUGCACGUCGGUGGGUUGCCGGACGAGGUGCCGAUACUACCCCGGGAGUUACAACCACGGCCGGAAGCGUUCAAGGGCUGUCUGCGGAAGUUUGUCGUAAACAAUAAUACGCAGGAUUUGGCCCGGCCCGGUCGUCAUUUGCAUGUGGGACAAUGUUUUCCGCGUAUUGAGCGUGGAUCCUACUUCCCGGGUGAUGCGUACGCCAUUUACAAACGCAACUUUAACGUAGGAAAGUUCGUCGAAAUUGAGCUGGAAGUACGGACAUCGGAGAUGAACGGAAUACUCAUGAGUGUGGCCGAUCAGAUCAACGGAUUCCCAGCGUUAUCGUUGGAAAUAUCGAACGGAAAUAUAAUCCUUUCGGUGGACAACGGUGAUGGUAAUCCGACGCGCCUGUCCACGGCACUACCAUCGAAGUACACGCUUUGUGACAACCGAUGGCACAACAUCUCAGCGCUGUACGAAGAUCAUCAGAUGGCGCUGCGAGUGAACGAGUUUCCUCCUUCGUUGCUGUUGCCACACGGGACAGCUGGAUUUGGACGAGUCAAUACCAAGGCUCCGCUAUAUAUUGGAGGCCUUCCAGAUGCGGCUUCCAGUGGCACUCUGCUGAUGAGAGAAAACUUCAAAGGAUGCAUUCGCAACAUUGUCAUUCGCAACGAGCGCAAAGAUUGGACGGACAUGGACGAUCUGCACAACGUGCUGCUGAGCGAAUGCUUAGCAGUGAGUUAAGCGAAUCAGU